CUCGAGGACUAUAAGAUUCAUCUCACCGGCGACAAGUCCUCCUCGGAACAAGCAGAAUCCACACCGAGAGCGGCCACAAAUCCUCCAGACUGGCCUACAGACCACCGACGCGUUCCAGAUUACCGGCCGGUGGACAGAAAUCGAGAUGUUGAGGGGCGGCCGAAUGGCGAGAACGCGUUCGCGAGAGCGUUCCUCACAAUUAUGUUCACGGGAGUUGUGAUGAAUGCUACUGCUGCAAAGGUCUGGGGAUCUACGGCUAGGCCAUACUUUCCGGGGCUAUUCAGAUAUGCCAUAGGAGGGGAAUGGUGA